AUGGUCGACCUCGUAGGGCGCUUUCAGAGUGAUCUAGGCGCCGCGGGUCCGAGCUUGACUCUCGGGCCACCAGGGCGUUGGCUCGAGCAGUCACAUGUUACGGAAUUGGAACUCGGCAAACGCAAGGCUCGAGAAGUGCCGUCGCCGUCGAAAUCUCGACCUCAGGAAACAACAUCGUCGGAAGACGUGAGACUUUUGAGUCCGAUGAUUAAGAGCCCAGACUCUUCGAGACCUGCUCGGAAAAGAUCGCGUGAUGAUUUGGAGGAAGCGGGGCUCAGCAAAGCACAACGAGAGAAAUUGCGUCGCGACCGACUAAAUGACAGGUUUCUUGAGCUGGGUCGCGAACUGGAUCCCACCACGACUCCACGGACGGACAAGGGCAUAAUUCUGAACAACGCCGUUCGUGUGCUCACUGGCCUCAAGGCGGAGGCUGCAGCUCUCAAGCAGGGCACGUGGCAGCUCCAGGAGCAGAUCAAGGAGCUCAAGGCUGAGAAGUCGGAACUUCGGGACGAGAAGGCCCGCCUCAAGGCACAGCACUGUGCCCUCUCGCUUGGUCCCACGUGGCAAUCACAAGACAGGCUUGAGAGAAGUCCAGACUCCGCUGCUAGACAACAUUCGAACGACGGCUUACCGCCUUCUAGAAAACGGGUUCGAGAAGAUGGUGCUAGCGAGAGAGAAGUUAUCUUUAGCAAAGCCACCAGGGAGAAGUUGAGACGCGAUAGAUUAAACGACAGAUUUCAAGAACUUGCAAGGGAGCUUGGUCCGUCGGCAACCGUCAAGGUGGAUAAGGCGGUCCUUCUGACGGAAGCUGUCCGGCUGCUUGUCCAUUUGAGGACUGAAGCCGCAAGCUUGUUGACGAGUUGA